CCUCCAAGAUGGUCUUCAAGAUGCUUUCGUGCUGCUUCGGGUCGUCCGACGACUCUCCCAGCGACAGGGGUAUCCCUGGAACCGCCGCCCCUCCAGUCUCGGCUCCAGCCAUGACAACCUUGCUCCUGCCCGAUGGUGAGCCUGCUGCCGCUGCUGCCGCUGCCGUCGAGGCUGGCGCCGAAGCUGAUGUGGAUGCUGCAGCCGAGUCAGCCGCUUCUGCCCAGCAGCCCAAGCCAGCCAUGGCUGCCUAUGACCCCUGGAUGCAUCCUGUCGAAGCGAUCAUCAAGAUGGCCCAGAACGAGCCCCAUGUCCUCGCCGCCAUCACACUCGAGAACGGCAAGGCUGAGCGCUAUAGCUACCUCCAGCUCUGGGAGAAGGCUUACUCGAUUGCCCAGGGGCUCAAGGCUCUCCCGGGCUGGAACGAUGAGGGCCACGACGUCGUGGCGACGUUCUGCGAGCCCGAGGUGCACUGGAUGUUCUAUUCGGUUGCCCUGUGGAUCCUCGGCAAGAAAGUCAUCAACUUUGCCCUCAACUGGCCCUCGUCCGUCCGCAAGGCCAUCUGCGACAGGCUCAAGAUCCGAUAUGUGCUCUACCACCACACCAAGCCCGGACGAGUCGAAGGACUCGAGCCUAUCGAUGCUGGCGCCUUCCCUCUCCUGGACAGCGUCCCGGCUCCCUCGCUCGAAGCCUGCGAGCCCCUGAACGACUACAUUGUCUAUCUCAGCACAUCCGGCACAACUGGAAUCCCCAAGACGUAUCCAGUGCCCCAUCGGUUUGUUGAGCCGAGCCGCGGAGUCAAUGGACUCGAGUACACCGGAAGCGGUGUGCUUCAGUCUCCCUCGUUCACCACAUCGAUGGGUCUUAUUUUGGGAAUGCUCAAUACUCGAGGCUCCCUUUGGUUUACUCGGCCAACCCCAAACCCGCAAGAGAAGGCUCAGGGCAUCAUCGAGCUGCUGGACGAAGGCAUGACGUCGAUGUAUACGACCCCUUCACUCUGCAAGCUCAUCUUCAAGACUGCUCAAUCGAAGAAGAAAACCGUCCAAUGGAACAACGUCCUCGUUGUGGGCCUCGGCUCAGAGCUUGUGUCUGCCUCCCUUGUCAGCCAGACGAAGACUCUCUGCCCCAAUGCUUUCGUCCACCUCAUGUAUGGAUCCAGCGAGACUGGCGUUAUCGGCGCCAUGUCCGCUUGUAUCCUUCCCUCGUCCGCCCCCAGCCCGUCCCAGGUGGUGUACAAACAGCCAAAGCCAAAUGUGCGAUGUCUCCUCUUUGACGAGGAGGGCAACACUGUUGACCAGAGCGUCUCCAAGAGCGGCAUCCUCGUUCUGGCUGUCGACAAGGACGACCCUAUCAAGGACCAUCCCAACUUCACCACCGCCAAUCCGAACGACAAGUUGGCUUCGUUUGGCUUCCUCAGCGACGGCUCGCCCCGUGUCUGCACCAUGGACUGGGUCGAAAUGACUGGCGAGAGCGAGUUCACUGUCAUUGGGAGAUUCGGCCAGAAGGUCAAGGUCAACGGCGUCUAUGUCGACCUCAAUGCCCUCGAGGAAAUGGUCAACCAGGACCUCAGCGAGCACGUCGCCGACUGCAUCUUCAUCCAGACCUCCGAGCUCAAGAUCGUGAUGCUCUAUGUCCCCCAGAAAGGCUCCACCUUCAACGCGACGCCGGGAGAGAUCAUCCAGAUGACCGAAAACCUGUUUGCCCUCAAGAACGUUGCCAAAGUUCCCAUUCGCAACUGCCUGGAGCUGGAGGCGUUCCCCUUCAACGACUCGGGCAAGCGCGAUCUCAAGAAGCUCAGGCACAUCGCCGAGAACAUCGAUAGCUAUGGCAAGUCGGUCCAGUACCCAUCUCUCAUCAUCGAGGACACUCCACUGUCCCGCACGGCCGCCAAGAUAUCUCAGAUCGGCAGUCAGAUCCUCGACAACCCCGCCCUCGACGGCCGCAACUACUACAUCGGCGGCGUCGGCUUUGACUCGCUGAGUGUCGGCCGUCUGGCCCUCGCCAUCAAGGACGAGUUUGAUGUCGAGAUCUCGCCUCUGAUCUUGCUGUCGAACGGAAUGACACCGACUGAUGUCGCCCAGUUGGUUGUCGACAUCCUCGACGACAAGCCCCUCAUUCCUCCGACUGUUGAUCUGGCUGCCGAGGCCGCCAAGCUCGACGAUGCGAGUGUGACGGCCGAGGGUCUCCCUCCGUUUGUCUAUCCCAAGGACCCUCGCGGCAUCGUCCUGACCGGUGCCACUGGCUUCCUCGGUGCCUUCCUGAUCUUUGAGCUGGCCCACAAGUUCCCCCGUGCCAAGAUCUACUGUGUGGUGCGAGCCCAGAACGAACAGCUGGCAUUUACCCGGAUUUUCGCCAAUGCCUCCAAAUUGGUGAUUGCAUCGAGAAAGGCUGGUGAUCCGCGGUACGAUGUGCGCGACCGAUUCAUCGGACUGUGCGGCGAUCUGUCGAAGGACAAGUGGGGACUCUCGGACGAGCGAUGGAAGGAGAUCAGCGAGGAGACCGACAUGAUUGUCCACAACGGCGCCGAGGUCCACUGGCUGUUUGACUAUGACAGACUCAGGGGACCCAACGUCCUCAGUACGGCGACGGCCCUGAGACUGGCCACAACCCACCACCUGAAGCCGCUGCACUACAUCUCGACCAUCGGCACGAUCCCGAUGGCCAAGAAGGCAGACAAGCCGCUCGAGGAGAAGAUCUACUCGGCCUGGAACAUCUCUGGCGGCUAUUCGCAGACCAAGUGGGUCUCUGAGCAACUGAUCAACAAGGCACGAUCAAGGGGAGUGCCGGUGACGAUCAUUCGCCCAGCCGUCAUUGCUGGUGACAGCAAAUACGGAGUGUCCAACUCUGAUGACUACAUCUGGCGAUAUGUCAAGGGAUGCAUCCAGCUCGGCGUUGCUCCCUCGCACGCCACUCCUGUCACGAUGACCAUGGAUCCCGUCGACCAUGUCGCCAAGGUGGUUGCCGAGAUUGCCGGCUCGGAGGAGUCCCUGUCCAAGUUUGUGUUCCACAUCAGCGACUCGGAGCACAGUGCCCUCACUGAGACCAAGCUGUUCGAGAUUGUCAAGGCUUUUGGCUGGACUGUGCUUUUCGAGUCCCGCGAGCAGUUCAAGUUCCUUCUCACCUCCAAUCCCUCUGCCGCAAACAACUCGCUGUUCCCGCUCAUGCACACCAUGAUGGACAUGUCUGUCAAGCUCGACAACGCCAACACCCGCUCGAUCUACCCGACGCCCGGUGUCUCCACCACGGUGCUCGCUAAGAAGUGCCUCAGCUACCUCUACCACGUCGGCUUCCUCCCCAAGCCCGAGAAUCCGUCGAGCGAGCUCAAGGACGAAGAGUAUCCCGAAGUCAGCAUCUUUGGCCGCACCGGCCGCAACUGAUAUUCAGGAUCCCACUCUGGCUUUGCUUGGGCGAUCGUCCGAACAUUGAUGCAGUUCCCCUGGAAUCGGUGUGCUCUUAAACAAAAAUGAGGGUAUUGUCUGCUUCUCCGGAUCCUGAAUACACGUAGCCGCCCAUUAUCCAUAAGGACCGCCACUAAA